AGGCUGGCCGCCGCCGCCUCCCGCGCGCUGCCUAUAAAACGCCGCGGGGGCUGAGCGGGAUGAACACUUCGCAUCGGCGUCUUCACAAACGCCGACCCUUCCUCGCUCGAUCCCCUCUACACGCUCUCCUCCCCCCGACCGCUUCGAGAGAGGUCGCUCGAUCCGAAGGCUUCGCACGCGGUUGCUUGAGGGAAGAGGAGGAAGAUGAGGGAGUGCAUCUCGAUUCACAUCGGGCAGGCCGGAAUCCAGGUCGGGAACGCGUGCUGGGAACUUUACUGCCUCGAGCACGGCAUCCAGCCUGAUGGCCAAAUGCCUGGAGACAGGACUGUCGGACACCACAAUGACUCUUUCAGCACCUUCUUCUGCGAGACCGGCGCAGGGAAGCACUCUCCCCGCGCCAUAUUCCUUGAUCUCGAGCCCACUGUGAUCGAUGAGGUGCGGACUGGUACCUACCGCCAGCUCUUUCACCCUGAGCAGCUCAUCAGCGGCAAGGAGGAUGCUGCCAACAACUUCGCCCGUGGCCAUUACACAGUUGGCAAGGAGAUUGUUGAUUUGUGUCUUGAUCGCAUCCGCAAGCUUGCCGACAACUGCACUGGCCUUCAGGGCUUCCUGGUCUUCAAUGCCGUUGGUGGUGGCACCGGUUCUGGCCUUGGAUCACUCCUCCUAGAGCGCCUGUCCGUGGACUAUGGCAAGAAGUCCAAGCUUGGGUUCACCGUGUACCCGUCUCCCCAGGUGUCCACCUCUGUUGUUGAGCCCUACAACAGCGUGCUGUCCACCCACGCCCUCCUGGAGCACACUGAUGUCUCCAUCCUGCUUGACAACGAGGCCAUCUACGACAUCUGCAGGCGCUCCCUGGACAUUGAGAGGCCCAACUACAGCAACCUGAAUCGCUUGGUAGCUCAGGUGAUCUCAUCGCUGACUUCUUCCCUGAGGUUUGAUGGUGCCCUCAAUGUGGAUGUGACAGAGUUCCAGACCAACCUUGUCCCUUACCCGAGGAUCCACUUCAUGCUGUCCUCCUACGCUCCUGUGAUCUCCGCCGAGAAGGCGUACCACGAGCAGCUCUCGGUGGCGGAGAUCACCAACAGCGCCUUCGAGCCGGCGUCCAUGAUGGCCAAGUGCGACCCACGGCACGGCAAGUACAUGGCGUGCUGCCUCAUGUACCGCGGCGACGUGGUGCCCAAGGACGUGAACGCGGCAGUGGCCACCAUCAAGACGAAGCGCACGAUCCAGUUCGUGGACUGGUGCCCCACGGGGUUCAAGUGCGGCAUCAACUACCAGGCGCCGACGGUGGUGCCCGGCGGCGACCUCGCCAAGGUGCAGCGGGCCGUGUGCAUGAUCUCCAACUCCACCAGCGUCGUCGAGGUGUUCUCCCGCAUCGACCACAAGUUCGACCUCAUGUACGCCAAGCGCGCGUUCGUGCACUGGUACGUCGGGGAGGGCAUGGAGGAGGGGGAGUUCUCGGAGGCCCGUGAGGACCUGGCUGCCCUGGAGAGGGACUACGAGGAGGUCGGCGCCGAGGGCGUUGACGACGAGGGUGACGAGGACGAGGAUUACUGAUCUGCUUGCAGGAAUCGAUUUCUCACUCUAUGAACGUGUUGCGGCGUCGAAAAACCUUCUGUGUUUGCGUCUCAGGUGGUCAGGUUAUAUAGGUAUUCGCUUCUAUGUCGCUGUUGAACUGUUUUAGUACUAUGUCCGUGUUAUGCUGGAAAAAGUAUCUCGCUUAAGCACUGUUUGUUCACUUUACCUUCUAGUCUUGCUUUGACGCAACAUUUCGGCUGAUUUCUGUGACAGCUGUUGAAAUGUGUUCUCAACCACCUGUUUAUGUUCAAACUCUACCAUUUUGGCCCCCUAUGGAGCAUGAAUUUUCUUGAUAGUCAUGUGACA